CACCUACUACUCAUGCAAUAGGCAUGUGUGUGCAUAUCACAUGUGCCACCUUGUCUGUUAUUGGUUGGUGACUCUUCGAAUGUUUCCAGCCAAAGAGUUUUUUUUUAAGCUCAUGUCCUUUAAUUCAUUUACACUUUCUAGCAUCAUUCCUGUGGCAGCAGCGUAAGAACAAUGAGCACCAUAAGAAGUCCCGAGCAUCUAGCAGACGCUUGUCUUCCGUCCUCCACGGGCGAGAUCUCAACAAGCAAAGAUGAACCUGGAAGUCUAAGCAGGCUUCUGCCACUCACCGGCUCAUCUGCACUGGCACGACGACUGUUUCACCUCCAGUCGUAUCGCAACCCACUCGUACCCAGUAGACGACGUAAACGCGAGAUGACCCCUGCUGAGAAAAAGGAUGCAUCGUAUUGGGUCAAGCGGCGGAAGAAUAACGAGGCUGCCAAGCGUUCCCGCGAGAAGCGACGACUCAACGACUUCAUGCUGGAGGGACAGCUUCUGGCGCUGAGUGAGGAGAACGCCCAACUCAGGGCAGAGGUGCUGAGUUUACAGUAUCACAUGGGAAUUGGGCGAGGUCUGGACGUCAAUCAUCCCAUGAUGCCAUUCCACUAUCCUGUUGCGUCCCAUCUCAAGCCUUCCCUGUGGGGUUUGGGUCCCGGUACUGCUGCUCUUUCAGCAGAAGGUCCAGAGCGGUACCCCUCUUGGCCACAGCAUAGCUCAUCUCCAUUCAUCUCACCUUUGAGGGUGCCUCCUAAAAGUGCCGACCUACCUUCACAGAUUAGCCACUUAGAUGACAACGCUGACCGAGUGGAGUCAGAUCCAGCAUCUCACCCCCAGGUCUCUUCCAGCAAUGACCCACCAAGCCACCCACAACUGUUUCCGGCCCAGAGAGCACCUGCAGCCUCACCGCCCCCUCCUCACCUGCUGCCCGGGUUGAGCCACUCUGCCACCCAGCACAACAACCAGAUGUUACCUUGGGGCUUGUCGUCUUUGUGUCCAUCUCCCCUUCAUCCCAACUGGCCGUUGUCCUUGCCUCUGUCACUACGAGACACAGACGGAUCUCAUAAUGGAGGAAGGUCCCUCUGGAACUUCAACAGCAGGUACAGCAUGCUGUCUGCUGAGAUCUCAGGACAGCUCAGAAGAAUAUUUUGCCCGGAGAACUCUUAAUCAGCAAUAAUGCUGCCUGAACAGUACUUUUAUUAUGAUAAUAAACUGCUUAAAGGGAUCGUUCACCCAAAAAUGAACAUUCUGUCAACAUUUACUCACCCUCGUCCUUCCAAACCUGUAUGACUGUCUUUCAUCUGUAGGACAAAAAUAUUUUGAAAAUUGUCUCAGUGUUCAAAUGGGGUCGAACCAGUGUUGUUUUUUUGGACCCCAUUGACUUUCAUUGUAUAGACAAAAACAGUCCUUCAAAGUAUUUUCUUUUGUGUUCUGCAGAAGAAAGAAAGUCAUAUAGGUUAAGAACAGCAUGGGUGAACGAUCCCUUUAAGGCAUUAGCUGUGCUUAAUGUAGUGAUGCGCAAGCCAACUCCUCCAUAUACGGCCUGGCAAACGAUAGACAUAACUUGAAAUGUUUAUUCUGCAAAUAUGUGGAUUGCAAUUAAAGUAAUUAAUCCUUUGCUUUA